AUGGGCGCCAACAAGACUCUCAAAGGCCACAAGCUGCUCAUCGCGACGCCGUGGGAGGUGGUGCCGGGGUUUCUCGACACGCUCAAGGCCGAGUUCCCGGACCUCGAGGUCGUCUUCCACAAGAUCGCGUGGGCGCUGGAGCCGGCGGUGCUCGGCGACGACGUGUUCGAGGAUGUGACCAUCCUGCUGACCUUCAACACGCUGCCUACGCCCGCGCAGGCCCCCAAGCUCGAGUACGUCCAGCUCAUGAGCGCCGGCGCCAAUCACAUCCUCAAGAACCCCCUCUUCACCGACACCGACGUCGCAUUCUGCACCGCCAACGGAGUUCACGGACCCCAGAUAUCAGAGUGGAUUCUGGCAACGUACCUAGCCUUUGAACACCAGAUCCCCCAGUACUUGGAAAAGCAGAAGCAGGCGAGAUGGGAGAGGGACAACACAUUGCUCGAGGAUGCCGUCAGUAAGACCGUCGGAAUACUAGGGUACGGCAGCAUCGGGCGGCAGACGGCACGGGUGGCGACGGCGCUGGGGAUGAAGGUGCACGCGUACACGCUACACGCGCGGCCGACGCCCGAGUCGCGGCGGGACUUGUCGUGGGCGCCGGACGGGCUAGGAGAUCCAGACGGCGUGUUCCCGAGUUCGGGGCUAGACCUGCUAGUUAUCGCGACGCCGCUAACGGACAACACGCGCCACCUGAUCGCCGCGGCCGAGUUCCGCAUCCUAGCCGCUCAGGGCAAGGGCAAGACGUACGUGUCCAACAUUGCCCGCGGCCCCGUUGUCAGCACCGACGAUAUCAUCGACGCCCUCAACCAGGGGCUCAUCCGCGGCGCCGCCCUGGACGUGACGGAUCCGGAGCCCCUGCCGGAUGGACACGUGCUGUGGAGCACAAAGAACGUCAUCAUCACCCCUCACGUCUCGGGUGGCUCUACGUCCUAUAACACGCGCGUCCUAAGCAUCCUGGAACACAACCUUAGGCGCUUUAGCGAGGGCCAGGAGCUGACAAACAAGUUUACGGUCAAGAAGCAGUCGUUCUUGUCAUUUCUGGUUCAUACUAUGUAG